CUCAUCCAGGAAACACAACUUGUAGCCGGCCGUGGUUGUUUGUUCUUCAUGCUUAUAUAUCGGACUAUUGUUACUCGCUCUGCGGUUAAAACAGACGGUGCAUGAAUGCGGUUUUGCGGUGUGCAAAGUACACAACCAGGCAGGGCUAAGCGCUGAGCUUCACUUUUAAAGCAAGUCAACCAGCUUGCCUCUUUACUUCAGUCCUUUCCACCAUGUUUGCUUCAAUCCUCCUGCUAUGUGUCUGUGUGGUCUUCAUCCUCCUUCAACUCAAAUCCCGGAGGCCCAAAAACUUUCCACCGGGACCCUCUCCCCUUCCAAUACUUGGGAACAUUUUGGAACUGAGUCUAGAUAACCCCCUGAAGGACUUUGAGAGGCUGAGGAACACCUAUGGAAAUGUGUACAGUGUGUUUCUCGGUACCAAAGCAGCUGUUGUCAUCAAUGGGAUGAAGGCCAUGAAGGAUGCUAUAGUGACCAAGGGCAUUGAUUUUGCUGGAAGACCACAAGAUCUGUUUGUCAAUGACAGCACUGAGAGAAAAGGAAUAAUUCUGGCAGACUAUGGCCCGAGUUGGAAGGAUCACCGUCGCUUUGCUCUUAUGACUUUAAGGAACUUUGGUCUUGGGAAGGAUUCCAUGGAGGAGAGGAUUCAUGGAGAGAUUAAAUACAUUACCGAUGAUCUGGAAAAGAGCAUUGGCAAAUCCUUUAGUCCUCAGCUCAUGUUUCAUAACGCAGCCUCCAACAUCAUCUGCCAGGUCCUGUUUGGUCAGCGCUACGAGUAUGACGAUGAGUUCAUCAAAGUGAUUGUGAAGUGCUUCACCGAUAAUGCCAAGUUAGCCAAUGGACCAUGGGCUAUGCUGUAUGACUCUUUCCCAAUGAUUCGUAGCCUACCACUGCCCUUUAGACGGGCCUUUAAGAAUGUCAAGACGUGUCAGGCUCUUGCGCUUUCUGUAGUGCAGGAGCACAAGAAGACCAGAGUCCCUGGACAACCACGAGACUUUGUUGACUGUUAUCUGGAUCGGCUGGAUAAAGAGAAAGGCAAUGAUGCUUCUACCUUUUCAGAAGAUCUGAUGAUUAUGUACACUCUAGAUCUUCACUUUGCAGGGACUGACACUACCUCAAACACCCUUCUUACUGGUUUCCUUUACCUAAUGACCUACCCACACAUACAAGAGCGUUGUCAGCAGGAGAUAGACGAGGUGUUAGGAGGGAAUGAUCAGGCCAGUUUUGAGGACAGACACAACAUGCCUUACGUGCAGGCUACGAUCCAUGAAAUCCAGAGGGUAGCGAACACUGUUCCACUGAGCGUCCCCCACUGUACGAUUAAAGACACCGAGCUUAUGGGAUAUUCCAUUCCCAAGGGUACGCUGAUCAUUCCUAACCUGACCUCAGUGCUUAAUGAGGAGGGACAAUGGAAAUUCCCCAAUGAAUUCAACCCUGAAAACUUCCUCAAUGACCAGGGAGAGUUUGUUAAACCAGAGGCCUUCAUGCCUUUCUCUGCAGGUCCUCGUAUGUGUUUGGGAGAGGGUCUGGCUCGUAUGGAGCUCUUCCUCAUCCUGGUGACGCUGCUGAGGAAGUUCAAUUUCAUCUGGCCUGAGGAUGCAGGAAAGCCAGACUACACUCCAGUCUAUGGCGUCACUCUGACUCCCCAACUGUAUCACAUGAAAGUCCAACUCAGGGAAACAAAUUAAAGCCGUCUUCAGAUAAACAGCAGGAGACCUAGAUUGAUAAAAACAGCUUUUAAAUACUCGGAACAAAUACAAAAUCAACAAUAGAGGGCUUUUUUUGCCAACCGUAAUGGCUGUUAACAAUACAUAUAUCGAAAUAUGCCAUAAAGGCGAGUGAGCAUUAAUGUUAUAGCUGGACUGCUGGACUUUUACAUAUAUAUAAACGUCCGUUACAUUCAAGUCCUUUCCAAACGGUUUCAAAAAACGCUGAUAAAACACUGGGAAAGUAUUUCUCAGUACACCAGAUUUGUGGUGUCUACCAUUUGUGACCACAACCCACGAUGGUGCAUGUAUUGCAGGAAGUAUCAUGAGGAGACGGGCAACAUGUUAAGCUACAGGUCAUGUGGCCUCCACUGGUAGCGGGCUGCCUGAGCCACCAAUCAAACCCAAAAAUAUUUCCUGAUUACCUUACCUUUGUGUAUCUGCAUAGUUUCUCUUGCGUAUAGCCCUUUCGUUUACACGAGGCCGUAACAAAACGAUAAAAACGGACCCCGCAAACGAUAACGGGUCCCAAGGUGGAUAGAUCUGCAAACGGAACGCUCUGGGGGGUCAAACGGCUCUAUGUGUAAGCCUCUAUAGUCUAUACCAGUGGUUCUCAAAUGGGGGUACACGGACCACUAGGGGUACGUUGGAGUACUGCAGGGGGUACGUGAGAUUUAUUUUAUGUUAAUGAAAAAUUAAGAUUAACUACUUUAUUCAAAAUGUUAAAGUAAUUCUGGAUAAUAAAAUGGGAACAAUAAACAGGGUGCUCUCUUUUCCUCUCCCUCUCCUGACAGCUUGUCAGGCUCGUGCAGCUCGCUGAACCUGUAAUAAGUGACCCGACAGU